AUGAGCUACCCUGAUCCAGCUCCCCCGGGUGUGGUGGAUAAUUGUAUCGACCCUAGGCUGUUGACACUGCCCAUGGACGUUGAAAAUGGCGGCUCGGCUCGUUCUCCAUCUACCGUCAAUUCGCCGUCCACUCCGUCAGACUUCUCGUCGUACGUCGGAAGCGGUGCCGAAAGCCCCAGUGACGUCGGCUUCUCCCUUGCGGAAAUGGAGCAAGAAUUGCUGUCUGUCGCACAAGACCCCACAGGCUUGAACGCUGCACCUGGUGACACCAUGCACGACAUUACAGCCGCGCAGCAUGGGGUCCUCCAAGAGACGCCUGGACCUUGGACUAUGACCAUGCCAGCCAAUGAGCUUGCUGCUCUCAAAGAUGGCUAUGUCAACAUCUACAACCAGGCGCAACCCAAUGUGGACCAGGUUGGGGAAUCAUUGCAACAGCAUCAUAAUCAAUUGGAGGGGGAGGGAUACAUGUAUGGUGGAGAGGAACUUUAUACAUUUGGAGACGAACAACACAACGCACCAAACCCGUCGUUCAUUCAGCAGCAGGGGCAGUCCUUCGUUCAAUAUCCGCCCGUCACUCCAGAGGAACCGCUCAUUCAGGGUUGUUGCAACCCGCAACUUACCAACGCUACACUGGCUACAACCAUCUCACCCGAGACGCCGAUAGCCUUUCCGGCACCUAUGAACGGUGUCUGGCUAUCCGGUGCUCGAUUCCCACUAUCACCCACUUAUCUCCAAUCCCACUCACCCAUCCCUUCUCACAUCCACUUGUACCAUUCACACCCAUCCCACAUCCCAGCACCAUUUCUAUCCCCAACGUCAUCGGCUCCCUCGCCUUCUCCAUCCACCUCUUCUUCAUCCUCCUCCUCCUCCUCCAACAGAAGAUCCCCCGAAAAGAAAAAGUGCCAAGCCGCCGAGAAGUGCAACUAUUUCGCCCACUCCAAAGAACUCAAGAAACAUUACCGCACCACUCACAAAAAGUAUGCCGAGGAAAUCGGCAUUUUGCAGGACCCGUUCGAGUGUACCAAGUGUAAGACGUCGUUUGUGCGAAAGGAUUUCUUGGCGAGACAUCAGCGUGUUCAGAGGGGAAAGACGAUGUCGGCUUGUGAGCGGGCGAUGAAGAACAAGAACAAGAAGGAGAAGGAAAGGGUACAUACCUAG